AUGCGGAUACAUUGCUGGAUUUGGUGGAUAACAGUGAUUUUGUUGUUCCUAAGGUAUUGUCGAGCUGAUGCUGAUGAUGACACAGAUGAAGAGUUGCUUGACAAAAAAGAGAUUAGAAUUGAAAAUACGACGAAUGCCGGAAAAACCACAACGACAAAACCCGAACCAAAGCUGAAAGAUGCGAGGGAUUUAGAAAUUCCGCGCUGCGAAUCCAACCAUGAUUGCGUUCAUGGCGGAGUGUGCAAGAAGGGAAACAUCGGCUAUGGGAUUUGCAUGUGUCCAGCAUCAUGCCCAGCAACGAUUCCUGUCCGCUGCGGUUACCGCUUCUCAUCGGCUUCUCAAUGUCUUCUAAUGGAUAAAAUCUAUCGGUCCAAAUAUGAUGUGCUCGAUCCGGCGUGCUAUCACAAUCAAUGCGUUUGCCCGCCGCAAUUCGAUGAGGUGCAAGUGGCGGCCACGGAUCUUCCGCUUCGUCUCAACACGACACUUCCGCCGAUCAAAUGCGACAAAAGAGAUCUUCAAGUCGUUGGCAACGCGUUUCCGUCGCCGUCGGUUUACAAGGGAAGUGACGUCACACUGUUUUGUUGUAUCAAUGUCGAUCCGGAGGGUUUCGUCGACGCCGCGGGAGUGUUUUUCAUUCAGAACUCGACCCUGAUGCGCGAGGCGACCGCACAUCCCUUCAAUGAGGAGUAUCGACGACGAUCUCAGGGACGACAUGCAUGUUGGGAAUUGGAGAUCAAAAACGCGCAGCCGUCGGACACCGGCUCCUACAUGUGCAUGGUGACGUCGAGCGUGCCUGGAGCAACUGCCAAUUAUACCAUUGAUUUUGAAGUCAAAGACCAUCAUCGUCGCUCGCACUCUUAUUGGUAUAAAAGACCGAAAAAAGUGACAAAACCGACGGAUUCGGUUUCCAGUAGUGAGUUUGGCAUGAAACCCCCCAACAAAAGUAAUACCCCUCGAAUGAUUCAUAAGCUACGUGUGAAUGCCACUGAAAAGGAGGCAGUUAUAACGUGGGAAUCGGAAGAAGGUCCAGAAGGGAGCCAAGUAGUCCCGAUUGAUUUGAGGCUUGUUCGGCGAACUGACAAUCGUGGGCACGUUGUGUUCAGUCAGGAUAAUGCGACUUCUCCCGUUAUCGUCAAAGAGCUUCGAGCUGCCACGCCGUACACUUUGUUCGUCUCCGGAAAAGAUGGGACCGUCCCUUUCGAGUUUACUGAGCAUUUCUCGACGAAACAGAAAAGACCUCAUGCGCCGAAAGAGGAAGAUGUGCGAGUUCUGAACAGCGGCUCUUCAUUGAUUUGUGAGGUUGAGUGGAAAAGUCCGGCUGAGACGAAUGGUAGAAUCGUUAAAUAUUUUGUUUCUGUACGUGGUGCUCUUCGAAUUCCUCGUCCUGAUGGCUCGCUGAUUCCUGACGAUUUCCCCAUGGCUUCUGAAGCUGAUAAACGAUGCGCGAACUGGGAUGGCGAUGAAUCAAAGGCUGGCCAGAGUGGAAUCAAUCCGAUUGACUUUUCCACUGAUUUUUAUUCGUGCAAAUUCGGACCACUCAAACCGAAUCGCAAUUAUUCGGUUAGCGUUUGGGCGGAAAACAGUGCCGGACGGUCGCUUCCUGCGGUUUUUAAGAAGUCUUGCGUCACUAAUUAUGCUCAGCCGGAUGUCGUCCAUGAGCCGCAAACCUCGCUUGCUGCAAAUCAAUCGACGUUCUCACUGAAAUUUGGAGCUGCUCCUGAUGACACGAAUGGUCCAAUAAGUUGUUACUAUGUUGCGAUUGUGCCGAUACCGAAGAAUGUGUCGCUUGAUCUUUUGCCGCCGACGAAUGAAAUUGUGAUGGACUCGUUCUCGAAGGUGUUCAGCAACAAUUUGCAUGGAUCCGCCGCCGAGAAAAAACGGUUUUUCGCGUAUAUCGCUGAAUCGUACACGGAAUUUCCGCGUGAGACGAUCAUUGGUGAUGGCGGAGGCGUUGCCGAUAUGCAACCUUGCAAUGUGCAAUAUCUCAGCAGAUAUUCUGCCGAAGACUUGGCUUUGCGCACUGGAUUGAAAUACACCGGAUUCUUGAUUGUUCGAGUCGACAAGGAAGAGGAGAAGAAGUUUGACAAGUCGAAUCCUAUUGGUGGAAGCCGAUUCUUGCAGAGAAUUUUGGAUCGUGAUCGAAGCGCGAACCCUACAAAACGAGUGUCUCUUAUGAGAAAACAACGGCAAUUACAUUUGAGUGGACCUGCAUAUGGAUUCAGUGGAUACUUCAAGCCGGUCAUCCUUGAUCCGGAAGCAUCUUCUGGUGGAUUCGCAACGGUUUUAAAGGUGGUGGUUCCAUUGGUGAUAUUCAUCGCAAUGGCGACCCUUUUUGCAAUGGCGAUUGUGAACCGCCAUCGUCGCGGACGCGGACAUCCUUACCAUUGGUGCCCGUUGUCGCGAAUCAUUUCCAAGGACGUUGCCGAUCGGACCCUAUUGAAGCCGUCAUUUGGAGCUGUACUUAUUGAAGACCUUCCAACGGAAUACGUUAUGCGGCAUCGGGAUUCGGAUUUUGUCUUUGUGCAGGAGUAUGAAGCUUUGCCGCAUUAUCAGUUUGAGACGACGGCGAGUAAUCGAAAGGAUAAUUUGCACAAGAAUCGUUAUAACGAUAUUCGUGCAUUUGAUGAAACGCGUGUAAAAUUGAGCAAAAUUGAUGGCGAUGACUCUUCGGAUUAUAUUAAUGCGAACUAUAUUAAGAGUUGGAAUGGUUUGAAGACGUUUAUUGCGGCGCAAGCGCCUCUUGACGCGACUCUGGGCGAUUUCUGGCGAAUGAUUUGGGAGCAGGAGGCGUAUCUGAUAGUGAUGGUCGCGAAUUUGUCGGAAAAGAAUCGGCAACAAUGUGCGAAAUACUGGCCGGAUGAUUCGGUUCAAAGGUAUGGAGACAUUGUUGUCAAGCCGGUUCAAGCUUUUUACUUUUCUGAUUACGCUGUGCGAACAUUUGAUAUUGUACAUGUCGAUGAAGCAAUCAAUGAUGGCAAUCCGAUGAUCGAGUAUGCGAAUAUCCCAAUGAUUCGAAAUUCGGGUGCUUUUGGCGCGAAUGCUCGCCGAGUAACGCAAUAUCAUUUUAUGAAUUGGAAUGAUUACAAAGCGCCGGAAUGUUCGACGAGUAUGCUCCGAUUCUUGCACAUUUUGAGGGACGUUCCGGAAUUCAAUGAUUCGCCGGUCGUUAUUCAUUGCAGCGCUGGAGUUGGGCGAACUGGAACAUUCAUCACGAUUGAUUCGAUGUUUGAUCAAUGCAACGCGGAAGGAAAAGCGAAUGUUUUCGAGUUUGUCUCGUCUCUGAGGAGGCAGCGGAAUCUGAUGGUCCAGUCGGUUGAGCAGUACGUCUUUAUUUACAAAGCUCUCGCCGAAUGGCACCUGUAUGGCUACACUGAUAUGGACAUUGAUCAGUUUGAAGAACACUAUCAAAUGCUUCUGGAACCCAGUAUGAGAGAGCGAUCGGCAUCGUUUAAUGGAUCUCAACGAGUGAUGCUUGGCAAAUCUACGGACAAGAGCUGUGAAAAUGGGCUCGAGGAGGAGUUUAAGCGACUUGAGAGGAAUCUCGAAGUUCCUCCUUCGACGAGUUUCGCAUCCAAAGACGAGAAUUUGAUGAAGAAUCGGUUUGAAGCUGCGGUUCCGUAUGAUAAGUAUCGGGUUGUUCUGAGCCCGACGAUUGGCUACGCCGAUUCCAGUUAUAUCAAUGCAUCACAUAUUAAAGGCUACUUCUACUCAUACAUUGUUGCGCAAGAUCCAGUCAGCGAGGUGACCGUAUUCGAUUUUUGGCGAAUGAUUGCUGAUCAACGAAUUUCUACGGUGGUGAUGUUGUCAAAUGAAGCGGAUUGGAGUGCUUCGGAGAAGUAUUGGCCUGAGGAGGUUGGCAAGACGGCGACAUUCCGAGCACCCCGCAAUAAUGUUGAUGUUGAAUUCAUCGAUGAGGAACGCCAACCCGACUAUCUGACGAGAACUUUAGCGUACUCGAUGAAGGAUAACGAAGGUGGUCAGAAACAGGAGAUUGUGCAGUACGCGUUCACGUCGUGGCCUUCGGAAGCGCCGGUGCCGACGUCUUCCACUUCUCUGCUAUCGUUGAUUAGUAGGGUUUUGGAGAGGCAAAGUCGGCUCGCGGAUUCUGGUCCGAUCCUUGUACACUGCAGGAACGGUUCGUCAGAAACUGGCAUAUUCGUAUGCAUUUCGCUGUUGUUGCUUCGCCUCAAAGCGGAAAGACGAAUUGACGUGUUCCAGACGGUCAAGGGUCUUCAGAAUCAGAGGCCGAUGAUGUUUACUAAGUUGGAACAAUAUUCGUUUUGCUACCAAUCGGUGGCGGACUACAUUUCACGAACAUCGACAAGGUGA